GCCCUCAUUCUGCGCUCUCCACAGUAUGGCCGGCGAUAUUAGCUAGCAGUCGCUCUACAGUAUUCUCUGUAAAAGGGAAGACGGUAAAACCAAGAAAUUACACCUGGAUUGCUAAAGGACUGUACUUAAUAAAUUAUAACGAUCAAGCAAGGACUAGCUAAUUAAGUUGAAAACGUAACCAACAUUUAAUUUCUGUUAUUGGUGUCUGCUGUGCCACGAUGGAAGAGAACGGUGCACACUUCUUCGAGGGAACCGAGAAGCUGUUGGAGGUGUGGUUCUCCCGGCAAGAUGAGAAUAAAGGAACAGGGGACCUCCGUACCAUCCCAAGGUUUGAGUGGGACAAACUUCUGGAGAAUGUGCACUGUUUGAUCAUAAGUGUGACGAAGACCGACAAGCAGGAAGCUUAUAUACUCAGUGAGAGUAGCAUGUUUGUCUCCAAGAGACGUUUCAUUUUGAAGACCUGUGGAACCACCCUCUUACUGCAAGCACUGAUGCCUCUGCUGGAACUCGCCAGAGAGUACUGUGGCUUUGAUGCCAUCGAGGAUAGGUCAGAGGUUUUAACUCCAUCUCCUCACUACCUACAGAAUUUCUUCUAUUCUCGCAAGAACUUCAUGAAGCCCACCCAUCAGGAGUUCCCUCAUCGGAACUUCCAGGAGGAAGUGGAAUUUCUCAGCCAGAUUUUCCCAAACGGAGCAGCGUACUGUAUGGGACGUUUGAACUCUGAUUGCUGGUACCUGUUUACUCUGGAUUUGCCAGAGUUCUGGGAGAACGAGCAUGCGGAUCAGACGCUGGAAGUUCUGAUGAGUGACCUUGAUCCAGCAAUUAUGGACCAGUUCUUCAUGAAAGAUGGUGUUUCUGCAAAUGAUGUCACUCGUAUGAGUGGAAUUCGUGACCUGAUACCAGGUUCUGUGAUUGACGCCACAAUGUUCAACCCAUGUGGAUACUCAAUGAAUGGAAUGAAGACUGAUGGAACUUACUGGACGAUCCACAUCACUCCAGAGCCAGAGUUCUCCUAUGUCAGCUUCGAAACCAACCUCUCUCAGACGUCCUACGACGAUUUGGUCAGGAAAGUUGUGGACGUGUUUAAGCCAGGAAAAUUUGUGACGACGCUAUUCGUUAACCAGAGCUCCAAAUGUCGCAGUGUCUUUUCUUCCGCCCAGAAACUCGAGGGGUACAAGCGCCUCGACCGCCAGUUGGCCCAAUUCAACGAUUACAAUUUUGUCUUUACUAGUUACGCCAAGAGCCGCCAGCAGAACCAGCAAAGUUGAGGUUUAAGAAUGAAAAAGAAGCGUAAGAAGAAAGGCGGCUGCGUAGGCGGGCUCGUCCCCCGUGGCUGUCUUUCUGUCCUAGCGGAGAGGCCCACUACACUCUGCUGCCAUUGUCCAGGAUUUCUUGGUAUCGAGGCCACAGGCCCUAAUAGUUUGAAUUGUAUGCGUUGUUGUACCUAUAACUUAGCUCUCUUGCAUGAAAGCUCUUUUUUCUGUUUAGAUAGUCUAGUGCACUCUUGCUGUGAUCUUGAAGUGCAUGUAGAGGAAUUAAACAUGCUCUGUUUGAGGCUGUCCAGCCUUGCCCCGUGUGCCCAGUGCAGCGGCCCCUUCCUGCAGGUCUCCCCCCUCAUUCCCCACAGACAGGGCUUCCGUGCCCACUAGUCCAGGGCCCUGACAUGCUCAGAUGGGUCCACCUCUAUGUGCUUACCGAUUUUAUAAAAAAAUGUUUAAGUUGAAAUGCAUUCUCCCCCUACACUGAUUUGCUGCUUAUUUGAUCUGUUGCAAAUGUGUCCUUUGUUUUUGACCUUUGAGUGCACUUUAAGAAGUUUUCAGCUCGAGCAGGACUCCUCAGUACCCAAACGUAAAACACCAACCCUUUUUUGGCUUAUUGAAUUUCAUGAAGUUGGUUUUCGAGUGAUUAUGGCCCAAAGCUCACAAUCUUCUAAUGUUAUUUGUCAUUCAGCAUCAACCUAGUUAAUUAAUUCCUUAAAUCAAAAUGCCAUACUUUGUCAGUGUUUCACUACCAGGUGAUUGGAUAGAGGCUGACUGCUGGGCAAUGUGAUCUAGUUCUUGGCUGUAAACUGCACCGGAGCCAAAAUAAUUAUAUGGUAGAAUUGUUAACCUCCCCCCCUCCUGUUCAGUCAGUCAUGCUUCUCUCCACCUCGACAAUAAAUGUAGCUGUUGAAUGUGUCCACAAAGACAGGCUUUCAACUUUUUCCCAUGCAACAGGAUGCGUUAGUGUAAAUUUAAAAUGUCCAGUUGUGUACUUCAUGGUAUGGGAUGUGUAAUACAUGUUUACAUUUACACCAAGGCUCCUACAUUUAUAAACUGGGUGGUUCGAGCCCUCAAUGCUGAUUGGCUGAAAGCUGUGGUAUAUCAGACGGUAUACCACACCCCCUUGUGCCUUAAUGUUUAAGUAUACUGCACCAACAGGAAGCGUCUGGUUCAUAGUAUACUCAGUCAUUUUAAACACUUAAUUUAUCCAUUAAUAAUUGAAUACAUUAUAAAAAGUCCAAACUUGACACGUCAUGUAAGCACAAAGGCUGUGCCAACCGUGAAUGAGGGCCAUGUUUAGACUAGAGGAGCCUGUUGAGGGGCUUUAUCUGAAUGUUAGUGACUCAAGGAGACUCAGUAGUUGCCUUGUCGCUGUGGUGUGGGCCAGAACAAUGCCCUCUGCCAUCCAGCGUGGUCAGCCAUUGUCCCCCGGCCCAGCGGGUCUCCCCAUAGCACCCUGUGAGACUGUCAGCUGGCCCCAGAACCAUGCUUGACAGUGGCGCUCCUGGCUGCACCGUGUGUCCCUGAAUGGAGAUAAUGACUCAGACUCUGCUUAGUGCAGCGGUUGCCCAGCAAAGCAUUUCUUUCAUAAACAAUGUACAUCCUCUCUUUCCCCCCUAUACAGGAAUCAGUAAGCGCACAAUAGAGGCCCACCAAUCUGAGCAUGCCAGGGUGAUCCCGGAUCAUUCCACACAACUGUUGCAUAAACCAUUUUAUUAAUUUUAUUGUGCGCAGACAUUUUGCAGUGAAUUGGUCCCAAAUGUGACUCCACUGCAGUUUUUUUGGAGCACAAUCCAUACCCUUUGUUCAGUGAGGGGAAAAAUCCUGUGACGCUGUGGUGCAUGUGACUACUAGUUCUGUAUUGCUUGACAGUGUAGUGUGCUGCAGUCUGUUCCUCCUGUGUAGAGUGAUGUGCUUCACCUUCCAGUUUUAUCAGCUAAUGUAGAUGGGACUGAGGCAUCCUGAUGUUUUAUUGAACAGGUGGGUUGGGGUUAAUGUUUUUACUUUGCCACCUUAGUGCUGAAGGCAGGCCCUCAUCUAUAUGGUUCCUAUACAGAUAUUGAUGUUUGGAAUUUUGAGUUUCUUAAUAUAUUUUUUUAGGAUGUGUGAUUGUCUUCUUGGGCUGGUCAGUAAUAUUCAUGAUGCUUCCCCUGCCAGUGAAUGCAGAUUGAUUUGAAUUUGCUGACAAACCUGGGGUGGUUAGGGAACAUUUUUUUUUGUUUGCUGUUUUUAUUUUAAGACUGCCGUUUCUGGCCUGCCUUUAGCACUUCUGAGCGUUAACCUGUGCUGCGUUGCCCCACUAUGUUAGGAACUGUAAGAUCAAGCUUGUUCAGAAAGCUCUUAAAACACCAGAGAAUGGAUCAUUAUACACACACAAGUCUGGAAUCCCUUCAAAUUUGUGUAUUCAGCUAUUUUAGCCACAUCUGUUGCUGACUGGUGUGUGUGCAAUUCUAUACAAUGUCCAUAGUCAAACAUUGGCAGUAGAAUGGCCUUAACGAAGAGUUUUGACAUUCAAUGUGUCACCGUCGUAGGAUGCUACCUUUCCAACAAGUAAGUUUGUCAAAUUUCUGCCCUGCUAGAGCUGGUGAACUAAGUGCUGUUAUUGUGAAGUGGAAACAUCUAGGAGCAACAACGGCUCAGCAGCGAAUUGGUAGACCACACAAGCUCACAGGACUGCUGAUGUGCGUUUUGAUAUAUAUAUAUAUAUAUAUAUAUUUUAGUUCUCGUUUGCUUUGAGGCAGGUUGGACUGUCAGCACAAGAAUUGUUCGUUGGGAGCUUCAUGAAAUUGGUUUCUAUGGCUGUGCAACCGUACACCAGCCCAAAAUCACCGACUGGUGAUUAUUCCUCCAGCCAAACAUCGGCUGGAGUGUACAGCUUGCCGCCUUUAGAAUAUGGAGCAGUGGAAACGCGUUCUCUGGAGCGAUGAAUCAUGCUUAACCAUCUGGCAGUCCGAUGGACAAAUCUGGGUUUGGCGGUUGCUAGGAGAACGCUCCCUGCCCCCAAUGCGUAGUGCCAACUAAAGUUUGGUGCAGGAGGAAUAAUGGCCAGGGGCUGUUUUUCAUGGUGCGGGCGAGGCCUUUUAGUUCCAGUAAAGGGGUCGCUUAACUCAACAGCAUACAAUAACAUUCUAGAUUAUUUGCUUCCAACUUUGUGGCAAUGGGUGAAGGUCCUUUUCCUGUUUCAGCAUGUCAUAUCCCCUGUGCACAAAGCGAGGUCCUUACAGAAAUGGUUUGUUGAACUUGACUGGUCUGCACAGAGCCUUGACAUCAACCCCAUCGAACACUGUUUUUAGCAUGAAUUGGAACGCUGACUGUGAAGCCAGGCCUUAGCGCUCAACAUCAGUGCUCGACCUCACGAAUGUUCUUGUGACUGAAUGGAAGAAAGUCCCCACAGCAAUGUUCCAACAUCUAGUUGAAAGCCUUCCCAGACGAGUGGAGGCUGUUUUUAAAUGCAGCAAGGGGGACCAACUCAAUAUUAAUGCCCAUGAUUUUGGAAUGAGAUGUUUGAGGUGUCCCUGUACUUUUGGUCAUGUAGUGUGAUGGUGUACCGUAGAUGACAAAAUCCAUUUCUCCCCAGGAGGCUAAAAUUGUAACUAAUGUUGCAAGGGGGCCACUAGAAUUAGUUCUUCAUGUAAGGACCUGGGCAAAGUUGAAAAUUUGGAAAAUCUUCCCUCCAUGUCUGGCUUUUUGGAAUGGCAAAAAAAAAUCUGAGGACCAAUCUUCGCCAGGUAUCCUUACCUGAAAUGUCAUUCUGCCUGUAGUGACCAGCCUCCUUUUGUGUUCUAAGAGCUGUAUUGACUUGUUUAGGGAAUAGGCACCAGCACAUUUCACAAAAGGUAACUUUCGGUGAGUGUUUUUGGAUGAAGUCAUAUUUAGACUUAAUCUGCGUAUGGGUUGGUUUGGAACAUAGCUUCUUAAAUUGGGGGUGGGGUGCAAUUUUGCCUACGGACCAACCAUAUUUUGUUUUUGUCCAACCCUUUUGUUGUAAAACCAGUGUUCCAAACUUAGUUUCUAAAAAAAAAAAUAUAUAUAUAUAUUUGGAUCAUGAAAUUGUUCUUGCCUUACCGUUUUAAAAUCCCGUGCUGUGUUUUCUGGGGAAGGGAAAAGUCAAACACCUCCCCUGAUGUGAGUGAGGGUGAAUUUACAGGAUGUACUGAAGGGAAAACUUUGCUGUUCUAAUUAUUUUGCUAUUCUUUGGAUGGUCAAGAUGUGCUAAAUAUAUCUGUAAUAUGAGCUUGAUGCUUUUAAUAAAUAAAGAUGACUCGUUUGUGUGACUUUA